UUUACCGGACGACCGUGUGAGCGCGCUGCCGCGCAGGACCAGCCCUCCAUUCGCGCUGCAUCCGGCGAACGUGACCGCUCGGUCGCGGUCGAUCCUCCACCGCCGCGAGUCCCUCGGGCUUCUCGGCCCGAUCUUUCUGGGCCGAUCAGGAUUUAAAGACUGGCCCGCGCCGAUCCGCGUUCAGUCGCCGCGACCGCCGCGGUAAUCCUCUCGCGAUCCGCUCGCGAUCAGCCAGCGCUCUGCCAGCCGCCGCGCCGUGUGCAGCGCCCCGUGGCCCUCGUCCUCUCCUCUCGCGACUUUUUUUUCGGGAAGCAGGCUCGGAGAGGACCGGCCCCGGGGCCAUGGUCCCCCGUGAUCGUACCGCGGCAGACGACGCGGCAACUCGACCGCCUAUCGACCGCCCUCACUGACCGGUCCGUAUUUCGCUCUUUCCGACCUCUCGCACGCCGCCUCCAUCUCUAGAUCAUCCUCUCUCUCGCCGUCGAUCUGCGAACUUUCACGCGACCAGCGAGACGGCCGAUCGCACGAGUUUUAAAGAGAACCAGCCGGGGGAGAGUGUCCGAGAGACUGUGCCUCUGAAAACGGAUCCAAAGAGAGGGAGAGAAAUAGUUAGAUAGAUAGAGAGGGAGGGGGGAGAGAGGGGACGACAGUGCGCGGUGUAUUACAUUUUGUGGAUGGUAUCGUGAGCCAGCAGCACAGCGAUGGGGGUGGCGACCAGUAUAUCAGACGUUCUCACCGCGAGAAGUCCGCCGGGAAGAUAAUGCAGAUAAAUGCCUCCGGAGGAAAGGGAGAAGAACACGAGACCAGGAUUACACGCUGUCAGAUCCGAAGAUCGUCGAUCCGGCUGAUAAAAGAUCGCCGUCGGAGUGUCGCGCGCCAUGAGAAUCGGAUCUGGAUGGAGUAGAGACAGCGGGAACGUGGUCCAUUACGCUUCGCGAAGGUUCAGGUGAUCCCCGAAGAUCGCCCAUCCCGCACCGCCGUCAAAUGCAUUUCCCGUCGCUGAAGGGUCUCCGGUAAUUAAUCAAAUUCGUCGAAAGAAGAUGGGUUCUGGGAACGGAGCGGGCCGGCGGAGAAUGCUCGGCGCCGCAUAGUCUGCCGAUCCGACACAGUCAAUUAAACCUCGAGCCGGUGGCGGCCGCGAUGAGAUAGUACGAAGGGCCGAGACAGGAUCAGCGCGAGCAAUCGGUGUUCAGUGUCCGGUGUCGGGCGACAGAGCCAAUUGGAACGGACCGAGGGGAAGAGGGCUCGAAAGGACACACGGCUCCGAGACGACGAUGGCCAGCGACUAUUCGAGGGGACGCCGGCUGGCCUCGGCCGCGGCUUACCUGUGCGGCAUCCUCCUCUGCAUGCACGCAAUCCACACCUGCGCCGGCCAGAAACCGAUCAACCUGGGCGGCGUCAAGAGACGAGACGUUUAUAUCGCCGGCUUCUUCCCCUAUGGCAGCCAUGUGCCCGAGAGCCACGUCGGACGCGGAGUGAUGCCGUCGGUGAAACUCGCCGUCGAUCACAUCAACGAGGACCCCUCCGUGCUCAGGAACUACCGGCUGCACAUGUGGUGGAACGACACCGAGUGCAACGCGGCCGUCGGGGUCAAGGCGUUCUUCGACAUGAUGCACAGCGGACCCCACAAGGUGAUGCUGUUCGGAGCCGCCUGCACCCACGUCACCGACCCCAUAGCCAAAGCAUCGAAACACUGGCGUCUCACGCAACUCAGCUACGCAGACACGCACCCCAUGUUCACGAGCAACAGCUUUCCGAACUUCUUCAGGGUGGUGCCAUCCGAGAACGCGUUCAACGCUCCUCGCGUCGCGCUCCUGAUCCAUUUCAAUUGGACCAGGGUCGGCACCAUCUACCAGAACGAGCCGCGUUACGCCCUUGCGCACAAUCGAUUGGUCGCCGAUUUGGACGACAGCAAAAUGGAGGUUGUGGAGACGCAGAGCUUCGCGACCGAGGUGAGCAGCGCGCUCGAGAAGCUCAAGGAGAAGGACGUUAGGAUCAUUCUAGGAAAUUUCAACGAGGUCUGGGCCAGACGGAUAUUCUGCGAGGCGUACAGAUUCGGCAUGUUCGGCAGAAAAUAUCAAUGGGUGAUCAUGGGCACGUACGCGGAGGAAUGGUGGCUGCGUCCUGGCGGCGGUUGCGCGCCCUCCGAGUUGUCCGAGGCCCUGCACGGCGCCAUUUUGACCGAUCUGCUGCCGUUGACCACGGAAGAGCGGUACACCGUGUCCGGCAUCACGCCGGAUCAAUAUCGGGUCGAGUACGACUCUAGACGGGGCACCGAGUACUCGAGGUUCCACGGUUACACGUACGACGGUAUAUGGGCGGUCGCACUGGCUAUACAGCACGUGGCGCGCAGGAUAAGGCACUAUCGCCGGAAUCAGACCAUAUCGGAUUUCAGAUACAGGGACGCGCUCUGGGAGAAGCUGUUCCUCGAGGCCCUCAGGAACACCAGCUUCGAGGGAGUCACGGGGCCGGUGCGUUUCUACGACAAUGAGAGGAAAGCGUACAUUCUGUUGAAGCAGUUUCAAAGCGGGAACGAGGUAAAAGUCGGCGAGUACGACGGCGUGACCGGCGUCCUGGACCUGACCCGGGGUCAGCCGUUGGUCUGGAGGGGUCGAUCACCGCCGAAAGAUCGUACGCUCCACAUGAUCGAGCACUCGACCGUGAACAUCACGAUCUAUGCGGUGCUCGCCUCGGCGGCCAGCGUCGGCAUAGUCAUGGCGGCCAUUUUUCUAGCCAUCAACAUCCGAUACAGAAAUCAAAGAUACAUAAAAAUGUCAUCGCCGCAUUUAAACAACCUCAUUAUCGUCGGAUGCAUGCUGACCUACAGCAGUGUAAUUUUCCUUGGGUUAGAUUCGCAGCUGUCCAGCGUAACGGCAUUCCCCUAUAUUUGCACCGCGAGAGCGUGGCUACUAAUGGCUGGUUUCUCGUUGGCCUUCGGCUCCAUGUUCUCGAAAACAUGGCGGGUGCACUCGAUCUUCACCGACGUCAAGCUCAACAAGAAGGUGAUAAAGGAUUACCAGUUAUUUAUGCUUGUCGGCAUAUUGCUGGUCAUCGAUCUGGGGAUUAUGACGACGUGGCAGGUCGCGGACCCGUUUUACAGGGAGACCAAACAAAUGGAGCCCUACCCUCAUCCCUCCAGCGAGGACAUAAUCAUAAUACCGGAAAACGAGUACUGCCAGAGCAACCGGAUGACCUUUUACCUAGGGGGCAUAUACGCGUACAAGGGUCUCUUAAUGAUAUUCGGCGCCUUCCUCGCGUGGGAAACGCGACACGUCAGCAUCCCCGCGUUGAACGACAGCAAAUACGUCGGGAUGAGCGUGUACAACGUGGUGAUCAUGUGCGUAACCGGAGCAGCGAUCAGCUUCGUGCUGGCCGACAAGCAGGACGCCAUGUUCGUAAUGCUGUCGGUGUUUAUAAUAUUCUGUAGCACGGCCACGCUGUGCCUGGUUUUUGUGCCGAAGCUGAUUGAACUGCGAAGAAACCCGCAGGGAGCGAUUGACAAACGUAUGAGAGCCACCCUAAGGCCGAUGUCGAAGACAAGGCGAGACUCGAGCAUGAGCGAGUUGGAGGAACGGCUGAAGGAGGCCACCCUGGCCAAUCAGAAAUUCCGUAAGCAACUUUUGGAAAAAGACAGCCAGCUUCAGAUGUUCCGGAGGCGGCUCGGAGACCAAUGCGCGACGAACACGCAAGAGCCGAUGGACAGACUGACGGUUCCGCGGCAAGAGGGGACGCUCAAGAAAGAGGGUCUGUCCGUCAAUACGGAGACCACGGACAUCUCGAUGUCCAUGUGCAGUCUGAACUCGACCACGAUCUCCCAGCCGGAGCCGGACUAUGCCAACACCAACGGUCUCGAGCAACAGGCCCCAAAGAAGAAGACCUCCUUCUCGAAGCUUCCGGCGAUCGCCAUCGACACGGAGCGGGUCCCCUUGGUGCCGCAGACGGUGACGACGAAGCAGUCCAUCGAAGGCGUCCCGUCGACGGUCCCAUCGGCGCUGAAACACACUGUGGAUGACACUGAAACGCGCAGGAGAGUUCGGUCGGCCGGUACGGGAAAGGAGAGCGAACCGUUGAUCGAGAGGAGCCCGGAGCCUCGCCCGGAUGGCAAGACGAACGUGGACUUCGUGCCGGAGAUCGUCGAGGAGGGUGACGCGAUCAUCCUUGAGGAGACCGAGAUUCCUAGGCACGGGAAGCCGAUCAGGUACCGGGACGAUCGCAGGUCCAGGCUGCCCACGCCUCCGCCGACCAAGAACGUCUCCUUCGGCGAGCUCCACGAGCAGAACUACCUGGAGCAGGCGAUCCUCCCUCCGCCGAUGCAGUUCGUGCCGAAGCACCGGCAUUCCGCCUCGGCAGCCGCGGUGACCUACCAGUCCCUGAAGAGGAGAUCGUCCGUGAAGAACAACGGGAUGGCGCAUUCGCACCACGAACUGUUCCAAACCCGGCGUACUAGCGUGCCUAUCAACUCGAUCAGCUACAUCUCCACGGAGAACGUUUCCAAGUCGGAGAGAACCGAGAUCUCUCUCGGAUCGUUCGACAAAUCGUACGUGAUCGGCGAGUGUGGGCACAGAAGGGCGCUGGUCGCCGGGACGGGUUACCGAUGCGAGAAACACGGUGGCGGUCGUGGUCACUCUCAUGCGACCCUAAAUGGCUCCGCGGAAACGCCUCCGGUGCCAAGGCGGCAGAGGAAGCGUUACGACUCGCAGAACGCAAGCUCGCCGAGUGUUCCUGCGGUCGUUAGCGCGAGCUAUUCUGACACAGAAAAAUGCGAGGAAUCCGUUUCGACGAUCAUCCAGCGAUCGGUAUCGGAGCGGUCGCGGGAGAAGUGUGCCCGGCUGCGAACGGACGGUCACACGGUGAUCGAGUGCCCGCACCGUGCUGCGCGGAGGAUACGGGAGUGCAGGCACACCGAGUCCAAGCUCCGGCAGCAGGCUCGGCUGGAGUAUGUGCAGAGCACGCCGAACGUGGCGACGAUCCACAACAACAAGUUCGCAAGCGCCAGCCCGCGGGUCGGAGGCGGUUCCGGGGGCGUCGACGGGAACGGGACCGGCGGCGGGAUCGGUAUCGGUAUCGGCAGCGGGGUCGGCGGAUCCGUGGCCACCAGCGCGGACGUUGUCGGCGGUUCUGCGGUGAACGUGUCGAAAAUGUACAGCGCCGUGUCGGACGGCGAGCUGCUGGACCUAACGAUCCUGCCAAUCUUUCAGAAGCUGCUCACCGAAAGACACAAAAGCUCGAGGGGCGGCUACGGGGCCAGCGUGGCCAGCUGUCCGAAUAUAUCCAUCAAAUGCGAUAUCGUCGAGUACCUCUAACGAUCUUCCAGCAUAACUAGUUUGAAAUUCACGCGCGGAUUCAUCGUCCCGCGGACCGUAGCGAUCCGAUCCCGAAGGAACAGACGGAGAGAGGAGUUUCGGCGUCGUGGCACUCCGAUCCGGAGUUGGACGGAUUUUACUCGAGUAACCGAUCGCGUUUCAUUCGACGAAGCUGUUCGAAAUGUAUUACUGUGCCGGAUCGAAUUUCAUUCGAAGAAUUCGUUCGAUGUGUUGUUCGAAUUGAAAUCUGAUUCGAGCGAUUUAUUCGAUACGUUGUUCGCGUAAGAAGAAUUUAUUCGAAAGGUUUCUCGAAUAAAAUUUUAUUCGAAAUAUCGUCCGCGUCGAAUUUUAUUCGAAUAAGGCCCAACUCCGAUCUGUUCCCGUGGCGAUCGGUUUCUAAUUAUCUACGGUGGCUGCUCGACGAGCUCGGACCACGCCCACAAGAGCUCGGGCCACACCCACGGGAGCGCGGGACGCGCCCACAAGAGCUCGAACCACGCCCACGGGAGCGCGGGGGCGUUCCCGGCAGGGCUCUGCCACUCUUACACGCGGUUUUCGGGAAAGUGUUUCAACUAGCGUCGAGGUUAAUAUCAUUUCUAUCGAAUUAAAAUCCAGCAUGGCCGUGAAACCAUAUAUAUAAUAUAACUACAUAUAAUUAUAUACGUAUAUGUAGCUGUACGUUAAAUAAUUCUGAACGUUAUUGCAUUGAAACAAGCAAUUUUUCAACCUCGGAAAUGCGAUUAAAUAGAAAAAAAGAUAUUCUGAUGAGUUUAAUUCUUUAUUUUUGUAACUAAUGGGUUACUUCACAUGCAAACUCAAUAAAUAAAUAAAUAAAUGUGACUAUGCAACGGCUACGCUGGGGCUCGAAUACUAUUGAAGACAUUAUUUUCUUUUCAUAAAUAAUGCUUUAUUUUGUCAACUUAUUAUAUGGUUAUAUAUAUAUAUAUAUAUAUAU